AUGAGUACUUAUUCUUCCUGCCACUCCUGCGCCGCCGAUCAUCGUCAGAGCUAUAAUGUUCUGAAAGAAGAAGAGAUUGCCAAACUUCAAGAGGAUGCUAUCACCGAAGACACUUCGGUACUCUCUAUAACAAGUUCACAACCAGCGGCGUGUUUCGUCUUAACUCAAUACAACUGGAACGUGAUCAAUCUAAACGACGACUGGUUCACCGACGAAGACAGAACCCGGCAGAAGGCCGGUCUGUUGGAGAAGCCUGUCGUUCAAUCUAAUGCUACCCAGAGGAUCUGCGGGAUUUGUUUCGAUGAUUACAACUAUGGAUCGAUGUAUUACGCUGCGUGCGGCCAUCCUUUCUGUGGAGACUGCUGGAGAGGUUACGUCGGCACAGCGAUCAAGGAUGGUGCCCGUACGUGCUUGAUGCUGAGGUGUCCCGAACCGAAGUGUAGGGCGUCGGUUUGCUCCGACUUGAUCUCGGUCCUGAUGUCGAAACAGUAGUUCGAGAAGUACUGGCACUACCUGUUGAAAUCCUAUGUCGAACAGGAGACCAAGAUCAAGUGGUGUCCUGCUCCGGAUUAUAAGUACGCUGUUAAGUUUAAUAGGUAUGAGACCAAAAACUAUGAUGUUUCGUGUCUAUGUUCGUACAGCUAUUGCUGGAAUUGUACGGAGGAGAGUCACCGUCCGGUGGACUGUGAGACGGUGAGGAAGUGGACGAUGAAGAACAAGGACGACUCGCAAAAUGCGUCGUGGAUAUUGUCCAACACCAAGCCGUGUCCAAAGUGCAAGAAAGCAAUUCAGAAGAACGAAGGGUGUCAUCAUAUGAUUUGCAGAGCUCCUUGUAAGUAUGAGUUCUGUUGGUAUUGCCUUGCGAAAUUCAAUGACUACACAACUAGAUGUUGCAAUGGGUUCGAUGCGUAUACAGCGGGAAAUCGUGGUCAGCUCAAGGAGUUGGAGCUGGAACCGGGACAGAAGAAGGUGAAGGAGUAUUUAGAUAGGUAUCUUCAUUAUUUCGAGCGAUGGGCAAACAAUAAGUCUUCGAAGGAAAAGGCUGUCGAGUCAUUGAACGAGGUGCCAAACAAGCACAUUAAGGAGCUAGUUAAUAGGAAACAGCAGUAUCUGACUGAGCUUGAACUCAGUUUCGUCAUAGAGGCAUGGCAACAGAUAAUUGAAUGUAGGCAGGUGCUGCGGUGGAGUUAUGUUUAUGGCUACUACAUGCCUGAGGAUAAUAAGAAGCCCGAGCUGUUUGAAGAGAUGCAAGGUCAUGCAGAGUUCAGCCUCGAGAGGCUUCACAAAUGCGCUGAAUUGCAACCAUUUCUUGAUUCUGAGGAAGAACUAAAGGAUGAUUUCCAUAAAUUUCGCGUAAAACUUGAAACAUUGACCAGGGCCACUAAAGAUUAUUUCAAGAAGCUGGUUACAGCCCUGGAGCAAGGCCUAUUGGAGAUGGAUGCAUCGUCAGGUUCUUACUAGGUUAUCUGUGUUCAUACAAUACAAUUCACUGCUGGAUAGAACAACAUGACUCUCUCUGUAUCACUUGCAAUCUUGCUUGGCUUCUCUAUAAAAUAUCUAAUGAAAAUAUGAUGUUCAUACAAUACAAUUCAUGUCA